CGUUCAAUUUAGAAAAACUGUCCCAAUAUAUUUGAAUACAUGUGUAGCUAAUAAAAUGAGUGCGUAUUAAAUCCAGGUUUUAAAUCUAGAUCUAAUCAAUCGUUUCAGCUCUAAUACAUCGUAACCCGAGUAUAUCCAAAGUGUUUACCACUUUGUUGAUGUCAAACUGAAAGCAUUUGCUUCAUUGUCUGCUUUGACUUGAACACAUUCCAAAUCAUCUAACCCAGGUAACUCCCUCUCACGCAGGUGUGCAGGUGGAGCUCCAGAGCGUGCACGCGCGCACACGGCUCGCGCGCGCGCACGGCGUGGGCGGGAUUCGUGGCCGCGCGGCUGAGACGCCCGACAGGUUGAUGAAAAGACGUGAAUUUCGACGAAAGCGCACCGAAGCUCAGAACAAGCAUGGCUACCGAUUUCACCCAGGAGUCGGUGUUGCGCUUUCUCUUGCGCAACGGAGGUAAAGUCCGGAACGCGGAUCUGCUGGCGCACUUUAAAAAGUUCCUGCGGGAGCACGAGGACCAAAUGCGGAACCGCGAGCUGUUUAAAAAGUAUGUGAACACCGUGGCCACGGUCAAGCAGGUGGAUGAGGUUUCCUAUGUCUUGUUAAGGAAAAAGUACAGACCGCAUCUCGGAGACGUCGCCACCAGCGCGGCCUCGACAGGCAGUCGGAGCGAUAAGAAACAGGGAGGCGCUGGACGCAGUCAGGUAGAAGUGUGUUCUGCCAAACCUAAACCCAGUGAGGAUCCCAGUCUGAAACCUCAGCAACAAGAUCCUAAUGCCAAACAGAUCUUACCAGUUGCAGGGAUUGUAAACAGUGGAUCUCAUAUUGACAAGAUUUAUUUGGAUAAGGUGAUUAAAACCUCAUCAUAUCAACCAUGGGAACAAAGGGUGUCCUCUGCCCCUGGAAAAGACAGACCUAUAAAUACAUGCACUCUGGGAAUGUCUUCAUUUUCUUCUGACUCAAAACGCUCGAGUGGGAGUGGGGAGAGCUUUGACCAACCGCUGGAGGUAAAAGGAAUAGCAGUGAAAGCAAAUCUUAAUCACAAUGGUGUUUAUGCUGCCAAACCUGGACAUUUGCGAAAAGCAGAUGGCUGCAGCCAGAAGUCCUUUUACACUCCUCCAAAAUAUCCACACCAUGAGGUGAGUGUGGCCCCCCUGUCCAAGAACACAGCUCACAAACCCGAUCUGCCCGGCUCUUUCCAGUCAUUUGACGAGAAUUCAUCCUGUGUCUGGCCUUUUCCCAUUCUUGUCAAAGAGUCCCAGAUUUCAACUUCCAGUCCGUGUUUAACUGAAACCUCUAGUGAUGCCUGCAACUUUGAUGCUUAUAAAAAGGAUGGCCUCAGCCAAAUCAAUGACAGUCUAUUCAGGCAGGAUUACAAUGUUCAGGUCACAGGUAUUUACAUUCAGGAACCUGAGGACUAUGGGGUGACAGCAGCAGUAGCUCCAAUCAGUCCUGCUUUGCAGAGGCACAACCUUCCUUUGGAAACACCUCACCCACGAGUGGCUUCUGGCUACCUGGAGCCGAAAUGUCUACAAGGUCUGUCCUCCAGUCAAAAUAGCCUCGUCCCGCCUUCUUCCAUUUACUCAGACUGGCCUCAAGCAUUUUCCCAGGACAGCUGGUCCAGUGACGAUGCACUGAAUUAUCAUGGUGGUGUUUUGCCAAAAGACCUAGAACCGGUUCAGGCUGGCACCCACUGUUCCCUUGCGGUCAGGCAACUACCACAUCUCACAACCUGGCACCACUCAACUGGCAACCUUCUUGAUGAGAAAGCCCAAGCAUCUCUUCCUAGUUCAGCACCAGAUGAGAGCACUCACAACAAAUCUGUUGCCCGGCGGCUGUCAUACCGAAUGCGAAGCCGGAUGUGUCGAAGUCUGGGAGCAGAUUUGGACCAAGCGUUUCGUGAGGAUGCUGGAACGGCACGGCUCAAACGACUUCACCGGAUUACCUCUUUUCUUAACGUCUCUUCCAGCCAAACCCACAGCCCUCUGGACAGUGUGUCCCCUGCUAGCUCUGUUCGCAGCCUGGGCAAUGACUCAUCAUCCUGUGGUCACAGAAACACCCAGGUUCCCUUAGACCACCAGGAGCACGAAUGGUUUUUGAAAGCAGCUGCCGGAAGCUGGACUGAUGUUUACUCCCUUUUUAGAGAGGAUUCAAGCCUGCUGGCCAAACGAGACUUUGUGUCAGGCUAUACUGUACUACACUGGAUUGCCAAGCAUGGGGACCACCGGGUGUUGAACACACUGUGUUAUGGUGUGCAAAAAGCAGGGAUGACCCUGGAUGUGAAUACUAGGACUACGUGUGGCUACACACCACUGCACUUGGCUGCUAUCCAUGGGCACAAAAAUCUGCUGCGGCUUCUAGUGAACAAGUUCAAGGCUAAUGUGACCCUUAGGGAUAACGCUGGUAAGAGGCCCUGGCAGUAUUUGGAAAAAAACAAUGACAGGGAUAUAUUGGACUUGCUUGGAGCUCCCCAGGGGGUGACUGGGGGCAGUGCAGGGGUACAGUCAUCCUUAGAUAGACCCCCAGUAGCACCUGUCAACAGAUCAGCAGCUACAGUGAAGAGAAACACAUCACUUGCUGCAUUAUUCAAACACAAAUAUCAGCUCAGAGUUUCUGCUAAUUCAGAGUUCCUCUAAACGAAACGAGGCCUCAGACUUCAGUCUUGUGAAACUGUACCACUGUACAAUCCAGUAGCUGCCUGACUCAAUACAGCUGCUAAAAUUCACAGAAGAUAGCAGAAUGUUAAGCUGAAUCAUAUUUUGCAACGUUUUGACUAUUAGGACUGAAGAUUGUUAUACCAAACAUAUUAGUGACUAAAGAGUCUGUCUAGCAGAAUCAUUGCUUCUAUACUUUGGAUUUUGACCAUUUGUUCCUCAAAUAGCAAAUGAGAUUCUACAGGUAAAGGUUUAAUAAUUUCACUUUUUGUUACUUUAGCUUACAGUAUUGAACGUCUCACUUUGUAUGCUUAUAAGGUUAUCCUGAACAAAAUAUUAAAACAUUUUGGGUGCUUUAAAAGCAAGCCAUAUGUUGUUUUUUUAAAUAUUGAGAACAGUGAAGUUUACUUUGCUAAUUAUUUGCUAGCUAUGUAAAAGUGAAUUGUUUUGUAUAAGCUGGGUGAUAUGUUGCUGUUCUGUCUCUAUUACAGUUAAGCUCAGAGUUCAACCAGUCAACUGUUGCUCAUUAUUCGUCCAUUUCAUUAUUUAUUUGUAAUCAUGUGUCAUUCUGUAUAUCAACCCUAAUUAUUAUUAUUAUUAUUUUUUGGUAAAGGGUCAGAUUGUUAAGGUAUUGUCAAGGUUGAUAAAAAAACAAAACAACAAACAAAAAAUAUGAAAUUGGAUCUUGCUCCCUGACCUACGCUUGACAAUCAUGAUUUAAAAAAAAAAAAACACACCCAGCUUCUGCCAAAACUUCACUCCUCUGUUCUUUUACCUCAUAAAAUUUCCAAGAAUUAAAAAAACAAACAAAAAAACAAUAGUUUGAAGAGUGAAGCAGCAAUACCUUUCGCAACACAUUACAAAUGCAGGACUUCCUGGUUCGAUCUGAUUGCCCAUGAUAAUACAUUUAUUUAAAAUGCUAUAUCCUUCCAGUUUAAAUGUACAUUUUUGUGCACAUGUAAAAUAUAUAUAACUAUGCAAUUUUUAGAAUUGGAAGUAUGGGCUGCAUACUGAGUUAUAUCCGAUAAGACUGAUCAAUGAAAGCCUUCAGCUCUUUCACAGUGCAGGUUUAAUGUUUUACCAUCGACCCCUGCUUUUCAUUCUGGAACACACUGAAUCAAAAUCAAGGUCUUAAAAAAGAUUUUACUGUUAGAAAGAGAACAUUCCAUUUUGGUUGUUGCAACCUGUAGUUGGAUAUAUUGUACAUUAAAGCUUUCCAGUUAAACUCACUAAUUUGCACUCCCUGUCUCUCAACCUUUUCACCCUCUCUGCUCCCCUCCGUAAUGUACUGCUAUGUCGGUGCGCAGCAAGUGAAAGGAAUAUUUGUUGAAGUUUGCCCACAUCUACAUAGAGUUUAAUGAAACAUGUCAACUAAAUGCUUUGUGCUACUGCUGUCUAGCAAUGGACCAAAAAAAAGAAUUCUAUUGCACUUGAUGGUCCCUGCAAUAUUCAAAGCUUUUUAACAAGUCAAAAAGUAAUGUUCUGAUCUAGAUAUGUCUGCUUCUUGAAUGCAAAACAUCUCUGCAUGGGGUGUGGGAAGUUGUCGCACGCAUGUUCAAACACGUCAGGGGUGUGCAUUGAUACGAGCUGUACAGCCACCCUGCAUGCUUUCCAUAAAUUGUUUGUUGCGCAACGUCAUAAUAAAAAAUAAACUUGACUUUGACCUCUUUUUUAAA